AUGUGGGAAGAGACGCUCGCUCAUGAUACGCUGGGGCGCACAUGCAUAAGUGAUGAAAGAUGGCCAAAAGUAGAAGUCAGAGGCCAAGAAACCCUCGAAGAAUACUGGCGUAUGCUGGUCGAUCGACAAGAGUGCUACCGGAACGAGACGAUAACGCAAGAUUGGUAUCUUGACUUUCGGGCGUUGGGACGACAGCUGAAGAGAGUCCCUACUGGUACAAACACUGAAAGAAAGGACACAGCCAUUACAAGUGCGCUUUCACACACUCUCGUGGAGGAUUCCGAAGAGAUUCCCAGUACAGAGCACCAACAUAAGAAUGCGUACAAAUUCUUGGCGGCCAUGUGCGAGGUCUCUCAAAAGCAGUUCUUCAAAACUAGAGAAGGCCAUUUCAGCUUGACGACGCAGGGUGUAAGACCAGGUGACGUGCUAGUCGCACUAAAUGGAGCGCCAAUACUACACGUCAUCAGAAGGAACAUUGCUCUCAGAACGAACGAACCAGAGACAUGGAAAUUCGUGGGUGAGGCAUAUCUGCCUGAAACUGUGCAUGAAGACGAGCCGCGGAGCCCUCCAGGAUCGGAAUAUCUGACGUAUAAAAAGUACAUAGACGAUGAAGACACCGACGAGGAAGAAGAUGAGGGAGAAGACAUGAAGCGGACACUCAGAGAAUCUGAUGAAGAACUAAGCAAGAGGACAGAAGAGAGGAAUGUAGAAGGAAGAGACUUCAUAUUCGUAUAG